AUGAAGACGCAGCUGCAUGGCAUCGGCGACCUCAUCAAGCGACUGGAAGUCAUUGCAGAUGCCUGCGGUGAGCAGAAGUCUAAGGAGGACAAGCCCAAGGAUGAGUUCCUGCGACUCAAGCAGCGCGUGUACACCUUGCUGGAGCAGGGCAGGAACGACAUCCAUGAACGACAGAAGCUGCUUAGCAAGCGGGGCAAUUGCACUGAAAGUAUCCGCAAAGGCCACGCAGUUCGCCAAGCCUUGGAUGAGCUCAGGGCCGCGCUGCCCAAGCUUCAGGCUUUGCACAAGAAGGCGCAGAGUAAGCGGGGUGCCAAAGCCAAGAAGGAAGAGCUGCAGGCGAGAUACCAGGACAUCCGUGUGCUCAAGCGGCACGUGGAUGAGCUGAACGAACUCUUCCAGCGCAGCCAAAGCGAAGCACACGGCCAGGAGCCCACGCCAAGCACAUUGGGAAAGACCCUGGGGCUUAGAGACUUGGGCAGAGCCUCUGAGGAGGACACGAAGCGGAACAUGACAGCGCAGGAGGAGGACGCCCUCGCAGCCAUGAAGCGCCGGGAUGAGGACAUCGAGAAGCAGCUCGAAGAGUUGGGGCACGCGGUGGGAAGACUGGAUCCCCUGGCGCGCCAGAUAGGGGAGACGGCCGAACGCCAUCGUUUGAGAGCAGAGGCCCUCGGCGCAGAGGUGGACAAGACCGAAGGGGACAUCCAGCAAUUGAACCGGUGA